AUGUCGCUCGUCGAUCUCCGUGUUCGAGCCCGUCAAGCGAGCAGACCUCGCGAACCGCAGGUGACGGCCUCGUCUCCCCGGUCAGCACGUCACUUUCUACGUCCGCACCAUCGCAUCGAUCCCUUUGCGCUCACCAAGUACCGCAAGCACGUACUCGGUCAGAUCAGCGAGGUCAGCUUCGGCACGAACUCCUUGCUGUCCGGCGGCGGCACCAUCGGGAUCGUCUUCGCGAUGUCGCUCGCCGCAGCAAUGAUGUUGGGCGUCGAGACUCACCGGGGCCUCGAACUCGUCGGGAUGACCUCGCUCUCGGGCAUGCUGUCUGCGGUCGCGAACACCCGUGAGCUUGCCCCUGUUGUCGUCGCUAUCGCAUCGGGGCUAUGCGCAUCUCGGACGACCGACGCCCUCGACUCGAUGGCGGUGAAUCCAUCCUUCCUCGCGGGUACGCGGGUGAUCGCUGCCAUGAUCUGCGUCAUCCCGAUCUACAUGAUCGGGCUGCUCGCCAGUUACCUGUCGACCCGACUGGUCGUCGUGUUCUUCAACGGUGCAUCGGCAGGUACUUACGACUACUUCUUCCAUCUGGCGAUCUCGCCGCAGGAUCUCCUGUACUCGGGCCUCAAGGCCGUGGUGUUCGCCGCUGUUGUCGCGCUGGUUCACUGCGCGUACGGCUACUAUGCCUCCGGUGGUCCGGCCGGCGUCGGGCAGGCUGCCGGGCGCGCGCUCCGUACUGCGAUCCUCGCGAUCGGAAUCCUCGACGUACUGAUGACUUUCGCGCUGUGGGGCCUCGUGCCCGGAUCCCGGGAAUGGGGUCUGAGCCGUGGACAGACUCACUACACACCAAAGAUCGUGUACGCCCUUCGCGGCGCGAUCGCCGUAGUGGUAGCCGUCGCCGCCGCUGUGACAAUGGUUCUACGCGGUUCGGGAAACCUCGAGCAGAGCACCGACAUCUUCGUCGCUGUUCCAGCCACAGCCGGUCUCAUCAGCGGUGAAGCUCCGAGUUCGACCGAUGACGCGUCGAAGAUUCCCGCCGACGUGGUGGCCCGCGUCGUUCCGCGAACGCUCUUCGGCGACAUCUACAUGCAGCUCGUGGACAGUCCGAAUGAGCAGGGCCAGACGACUCUGUCGGACGGAGACGAGAUCCACAUGGACGACGGUCCCGGAAGCCGUUGCGCUCUACGACGUGUACACCAAGUUGUGGGCGUCCUCACGGCGAUGCAGCCCGAGAAGUUGCAGACAGCCCUGACUGCGCUGGGCCAGGCACUCGACGGAAACGGAGCCGAGAUCGGUACCACGAUAGACAAUCUCAGUGCCGCGUCCGGCGUACUGACACCCGCCGCACACCAAUUCCUCGAAUCGACACCCGAAUUCAAGUCGGUCGUCGACGCGUUGGACCGCGCGACCCCGACAUUCUCGAUACCUUGGCAGCCGCCACAACCGUCUCGAACAACAUGGUCGCCAACAGAGCGAAUCUCGGAGUCCUCGAUCGGCGCGGCCGCAGUCUUCGCCGCUACCGUCGACGAUUUUGUCGUGGAGAACAACCGAAACAUCAUCACUGUGAUCGAUUCCGCCGGAAAGAUACUCGCAACCACCGCGGCCAAUCCCGGAGGACUGCGUUCCACCCUCGCCAAUGCCAGUACGUUCGGCGCCGCGGGCGCGCGGGUCUUCGCCACCGGUAAGUUCGACAUCACAGCAGUUGCCACGUUCGCCGAACCGCUCCCAUACACGGGCGAUGAUUGCCCGCAGUACGGGGACUCGCGCGGCGCGCAGUGUUCAGGCUCAACC